AUGGCCUCGCCGCGCGCCUCGCGGUGGCCGCCGCCGCUCUUGCUGCUGCUGCUGCCGCUGCUGCUGCCGCCGCCGGCGGCCCCCGGGACACAGGGCCAGCCGCCCUCCCCGACCCCCCGUGCGCCUAGCCCGGCGCCCCUCGCCGGCGCGGGGCUGGCGCCGCUGCCUGAGCGCGGCCCGGAGCGCGAGCCGCAGCCGCAGUUACCACCGCCCCAGGAGCGCCGCGGGCCCGCGACCCCCAGCCCCAGCCAGACGCCCCCCGGGCCGAGUGCCGCGACACGGUGGGGACCCUCGGGCCAGGCAGUCCAAGGCGGGAGCGCGGCCACUGUAAGGAACCAUUGGCCAGAAAGCAACACUGAACCCCACACAGAAAACAUCACCUUCUAUCAGAAUCAAAAGGACUCUUCAACAAUGGCCUCCAAAGAGGGCGUUAUGAUUUGGACCUCCAGGAAGAGCCAUGCUUCUUCGGAUGCCCCAGAAAACCUCACUCUACGAACUGAAACACCAGAUACUGGAGGAAGAAAUGACUCUUCAAGUAGAAUAAACUUCACCACUUCACGUGUGGGGCACUUGCCUGAGAUGGCAACGGCCCUGACUUCGCAGAGCAACACCUUAGCCUCAGAAAGGCAUCACCUGCCAGCCAGUAGCUCAGGGUCCGAAGGAAGAACUGCCCCUUUUCACACGAAGAGUGGACCAUCCCAGGGCUCACUGGAGAGGGGCACAGGGCUCUCAGAAGAAGUCACUGUGCACACCCAAAUGGCUACCACCUCAGUUUUGAGCCAGUCCCCUCUUCCUGCCUUGGAGACCAGAGAACCAACCACACUCUCCAGGAAGAGAAAUUCCUUGGGACCAGAUCUCUCCUUGCUGCAUUUCUCCAGGACCCCAGCUUCCUCUCCUCCCUUGGACCACUCCUCAUCUUCUGGAAGUAUGGAGGAGCUUAACAACUCCACCGGUCUACAGAGCCCCUUGGUCAGUCAGACAAAGAGUAUUCAUGUUGCCACCACAUUCACUGAUGGUGUCCCGAGGACGCUCCGGUCUUUAACUCUCAGCGUGGGACCUACAAAUGACACAGAGGGCUUCUCUGAGAACUCUAAGACUGCCACGACUUCAGCCUCAGUCCACUCUUCACUCUCUGCAGUGGAAUCGAGAAGGAAUAGUCAAGUAACUGGGAAUUCAAGUGCUGAGGAAUCCAUUGAGCCAUCCCCAGGAAAUAAACUUGGAUUUACUUCUUUACAUUGGCAAAAGGAUUCCCCGACCUUCGGAGGACAUCAACUUGCCAGCAGCUCUGAGACAGGAAAUGGAAGUUCUGUGUCUCAGACUGAGUCCAUGUCCAGGUCAGUCACAUCCACCAGAAGUGGAGACAGCACUGUUCGCUGGUUCCUGACCAACAGCAAGACAUUUGCAGAUGCCACGGGAAGCUCUGCCUCAUAUCCCAGAGUUGUGAACACUUCAGUUUUGAACCAGGUCUCAGACUCUGCUCCGCAGUCCAGAGGAAGUAACACAGUGCUGGUUGAUAGCAGUUACUCAGAGUCGUUGUCCACAUCUGCCUUAGAAAGCCUGGAUUCUUCGGCACCACGUGGAGAACGUUCGAUCACUGGAAUUAGCUAUGAUCGAGUGAGUGGCAUGGAUACAGAACAAAGGACUUCCAGCGACCACACAGACCACACUUACAUUUCAUCUACUUUCACCAAAGGAGAACGGACAUUGCUAUCCAUUACAGAUAACAGUUCCUCCUCGGACAUCAGGGAGAGCUCAACCUCUUAUAUAAAGUCCUCAAACUCUUCACAUUCAGACUAUUCUUCCUCUUCUCAUGCUCAGACUGAAAGAAGUAACAUCUCGUCCUAUGAUGGGGGAUAUGCUCGGCCUUCCACUGAGUCACUGGUUGUGCAUACAUCCAACCUUCCGUCCUACACAUCCACCAUUAAUAUGCCGGACACUUUGGUUGUUCUAGACACUGAUGCUCCAUCUGUUGGUGACUCUUCUUCUUCUUCUUCAGGGUCUCCUUUGCCUCUGCCCUCAGUGUCGCAAUCCGACCAGUUGUUCUCAUCAGCCUUACCAUCAACCAGGGCCUCUGUGUACCUGCUGAAGUCUACCUCUGAUGCAUCUCCACCUUUGUCUUCCUCACCCUCACCUUUACUAACAUCCUUGGCAGUGUCUACCCCUGCCCCACUUUCUGUCUCACAAACAACCUUACCACAUUCAUCUUCUUCCCCAGUCCUGCCCAGGGCAAGGGGGACUCCUGUGAGUUCAGUUCAGAUGUCGACAGUGGCAGCAUCUGUGGCAACACUCCACAGUAGUCAAACAGCAGGCGCUAAGAACCAGAGCGCUGCACACCAAGAGAAAACUGUUACAGAGUCAAAGUCACUGAGCUUGGUGUCUCUGACCACGGAGCCCAUCAAAGCCAUAAUAGUGAGCUCUCCUUCGGAGGCCCCUUUACCUCCAGCCUUAACAGAGUCCUCCACAGAGCAAACCCUUCCAGCCACGAGCACCAGCUUAGCCCCAGUGUCUCCAGCUUUGACAGCCACCACUGUCGAGAUCUCUGAGCCUCCCGUGACCACUCCCAGCACCCCAUCAAACACAGCAUCUCUGAUCACUGGCCCUGUAGCUGUGCAGACUACGGCUGGAAAGCAGUUCUUGCCGACCUAUCCUGAAAUCCUAGUGCCACAAAUCUCCACAGACAGUGCUGUCAGCACAAAGAGGAGCCAAGUGCAUGUAGACGCUACCACCGGAUCGAUCCCUCUGACCAGUGUGCUCACGUCAGCAAAAGAACUGACCACAAGGCUUGGAGUUACAGAAGAACACAGCCCAGCUUCACAUUUCCUUAGAACGUCUCCUUCUCCCCAAACCACAGAUGUUUCCACGGCUGAAGUGUUGACCCCUAAAUCUGCCACCUUUGCUGUUCAGAGCAGCACCUGGUCCCCAACAGCAUUGUUGUCUUCAGCCUCAGUCAGCAGCUGUGCCACGAACCCCUGCCUUCAUGACGGCAAAUGCAUCGUGGACCCCGCCAGUCGUGGCUACCGAUGCGUGUGCUCGCCUUCCUGGCAAGGGGAUGACUGCAGUGUGGACGUGAACGAAUGCCUCUCCAACCCCUGCCCCCCGCUGGCCAUGUGCAAUAACACUCAGGGAUCCUUUAUCUGCAAAUGCCCAGUUGGGUACCAGCUGGAAAAAGGCAUAUGCAAUUUGGUUAGAACCUUCGUGACAGAGUUUAAAUUAAAGAGAGCUUUUCUUAAUACUACCGUGGAAAAACAUUCAGAUCUACGUGAAGUUGAAAAUGAAAUCACCAAAACGUUAAAUGUGUGUUUUUCCACGUUACCUGGUUAUAUCCGAUCCACAGUUCAUGCUUCUAGGGAGUCCAACGUGGUGGUGAUCUCACUGCAAACAACCUUUUCCAUGGCCUCCAAUGUGACGCUGUUUGACCUGGCUGAUGGGAUACAGAAAUGUGUCAACUCCUGCAGGUCCUCUGCUGAGAUCUGCCAGUUCUUGGGAUCUCAGAGACGGAUCUUCAGAGCGGGCAGCUUGUGCAAGCGAAAGAGCCCUGAGUGUGACAGGGACACCUCCAUCUGCACCGACCUGGACGGCGUUGCCCUGUGCCAGUGCAAGUCGGGCUACUUCCAGUUCAACAAGAUGGAUCACUCCUGCCGAGCAUGUGAAGAUGGAUAUAGGCUUGAAAAUGAAACCUGUAUGAGUUGCCCAUUCGGCCUUGGUGGUCUCAACUGUGGAAACCCCUAUCAGCUUAUCACCGUGGUGAUUGCAGCAGCAGGAGGUGGGCUUCUGCUUAUCCUAGGCAUUGCGCUCAUAGUCACCUGUUGCAGAAAGAAUAAAAAUGAUAUAAGCAAACUCAUCUUCAAAAGUGGAGAUUUCCAAAUGUCCCCAUACGCUGAGUACCCCAAGAACCCUCGCUCUCAAGACUGGGGCCGAGAAGCUAUUGAAAUGCAUGAGAAUGGAAGUACCAAAAACCUCCUCCAGAUGACGGAUGUGUAUUACUCGCCUACAAGUGUAAGGAAUCCUGAACUUGAACGAAAUGGACUCUACCCAGCCUACACUGGAUUGCCAGGAUCACGGCAUUCGUGCAUUUUCCCUGGACAGUAUAACCCGUCUUUCAUCAGCGACGAGAGCAGAAGAAGAGACUACUUUUAAGUUCAGGAGAGAGAGGGGCCCUUUUGCUCUGAGCAGUGACCUGGGACCUCAGUGGCUCAGAGGACUGCACCAGGAGGCUGCUCCCAGGACUUGUCGGAGCCACACUUGAGUGGCAAGCAGAAACCGGGACAGGUGUGAGGGGCUUGGCCACCGUGGAGGGGACAGAUGGAUGUGGAACCGCAGGCUGCUCAUUUGGCACCUUCGUUGUUACUGUGAAUGUAAACGUGGGCCAGUACCAAGAGAGUGUCUCUGAGUGACUGAACCAUGGGGCUGGCACCCGGCAACUACCAGCCACGGCAGACCACUAGGUAUCACUGCAAGGACCCGGUUUUCCUUAGUUUGCACUUUAGUAAAUUGGGUAGAGAGGUUUCCUUUUGGAUUUGUUUCACAACUGUUUCAGAAAGAAGGCUUCCUUUCCUGGGACACUUCCACAGGCCCCAAUUUGGUGAUUGAUUUACAGCAAAAUAUUGGCUUAUUAGUUAUUUCCCUGCCCAGUGCCUGUGUGUCAAACAACAGAUGAUCGUGAACAUGCCACUAAGGUUUGAGGAUGCUGCCAUUGAACGUACAGUAUUUUAAUAUGUGUCUAGGUUGUCUUAUGUGACAGUUUCCUAGCCAACCCCCAAAAUGAAGAAUUGAAAUUUGUGAGGCACAGCACACAACUCCAAUUUGGUUUUUUUAGUCAAGGUGAUACAUUUAUUUAAGACUUUUUUUUUUCUAUUUGCAGUUAAAUCUCAUUUUUUCAAACAAGUCUGGAUUGGGGCAAAACAACUGGUGUUAUUUAGAUGCAUCCAGCUGCCCCAUAGUGAGGCCCAGCAGGCAGAUUGGCGGCUGGCACUGCAGACGGUGGGGCACUUUUCAGCCGUGAGGGCAUUGCCUGGGGCGUGGGACACUGACCGCCAUCAUCGAGGCCAGAGGCUGCUGGGUAUGAAGUAGAAAUGUAAAGCUGAAUGCAGACUGGGUCUGAACUGGUAUUUCAGUACUGCAGGAAAAGCAGCUUGAUGUAGUCUCUGCAGCUGGACGUGGCUAGAGGAAUGGGCUGAAAAGGCAAGUCAGAUUUCUUGCAUCACCAGUGCUUUGGGAAGCUGUGUGGAUUCCUAAGGAAGAGUAGGGGGCUGAGAUAGAGCCGCAGGUGAGCUUGCCUACCUGCUAGUGCAGCCUCUUGUAUCCAUCAUCUCAUUCACGAACUCCAUGCAAACUUUCAACCACUCAAAGCUAUUUAUUCGUUGAAGAAAUAACUUAUAAUUUUCCUCACCCAGUCAUUUGUACCUCUUUAUGCUACUGUGUAGUGCCCUCCAGAAACAGAGUUAGCAUUCAAGUCAGCGUUGGAGAACUAAGGACUCUGGCCAGUCAGAGAUCUGAGAGUUUGCCUUUGGGAAGGAAAUUCCACACAUCUUAUUUAUUAUGCCUGUGACUUGGGUCCUGUGCAACUGUGUUUAUUCGCUUGCUUUUGGAACAGCGCAGUUUUGGAUGAAGUGAAGGGAACACAGAGGUAAAGGGAUUGUCCCCACCCUGAAGCUGAGAGCCGUGGCACACACAUUUCUGGAAACGGUGCAGCCAUUGGGGACGAUUCUGCCCUGGGCAUGGUUGUUUCUUAAAGGUUCUCUGAUCUCUUCAAAACAUAUGUCAAUCCUCAUCCUUAUGCAAUUCUUGUCCCAACGAUUUAAAAUAUGAACCUGUGUCCCAUGGUCUCCACAACUCAGUGUCAUCCUGCUGUAGCAGGAGCACUGGGCAGGUGCGGUGCAUUUUAGUAGUUAAAUUACAUUCAUCUCGUGAGAUAAAUGUAAAAAGAAUUCUGUUUUCAUCAGUAGAUGCUAACUUAAAGUUUCAAAGCGUCACCUUUUUGAAAUUUUAGGUCUCACAUCUCUCUCUCUCUGUAGAACCAAAGGCCCCUUUGUGCCUCGCUGCCUUGGAUCUAACUGGAGAGCUCCAAGCUCCCGCAUCAGCUCACCUGAGCCAGUGGACUGGGGUCCCUCGUGAGGCGGCCUUGCUUUGUGGCUCGGCCUUGCUUUGUGGCUCGGCCCUGCUCACCCCUGACCCACAGCUGUGGGAAGAGCCAUGGUGGGAGGCUACUCCCAGGCACACCCGUCCCUACCUUCAGCAGACAUGGCAGCUGACAAGUCAUCUCCUCUGUCAGGGCCAGAGCUCUAAGCUCCACGAAAUGAGUGUUCUGUCCCAAAAGCAUCCUUGGGAAGGAUCCCAAAGUUCAGAAAAGUGUGUCCCAUAAGUUCCAAGAGUGCUUUCCUGUUCAUGAGUUUUGUCCAUACGGAGUGAAGUAAGAGUGUUUUAUUUUGUUGCUGUCCUUGUUUUAACUGAGAAAAAGGGAGGCACCCUGCCACGUUGAGUUCACACGUUUCUACUAUUUCCAGGAAGCUUUCCCCAGGGGUGGGGAAAGCUCUAAGAAGGCUUGAGAAAGGCAGGACUGUGACCCAGUGCUCACUGCCCGCUCUGGGCGAGGAAGGGAGAGGUUGGCUUCACUCCUGCUAAGGGUUCAUAAUUCCAGAAGGGUCCUGCCUGGGCUGAGGGGGAACAGCUGGCAGCCCGUGGGCUGCAGAGCAGGACUGGACACACACGACAGGUGGAGUCUCUCCACUCGGGCACAGUGCUCACUGUCAGCCUGCACAGCUGGAAUGUGUGGUUCAUGUGUGCAGAAAUGCCAUGGUCCAGCCAUGGGACCCUACAGCUGGGGGAAGGUGGGAGGAAGGGAAAAGCCAUCUUGCCCACUAGCGAAGGGCCCAGGUGCCCUGCGACUCUGUUUAACUUUGCCUGAAGAGGCAGAGCUGUACAGCCCACUUACCCGUGGCUCAGUUUAACCUAAACACACCCCAAACUAGGGUUUCGAUCCAUAUUUCUAAAAUACACUGACUUUGAGA